GCCAUAAUCGUACCGGGGCCUAAAUCGUACCACGUUCGUUUUUCAAUAAAGGCGCGACUUUUAUCGCCAUCUAGUAUAGUAUUCACCAGGACAAUCAAACAUUAGUCAGUUAUAGCAGUAUCAUAGUUACAGGUGUAACCGCAUUUACGCGCCAAACAGUGUUAAAAGAAAGUGAUCAUUUUCAUACAAGAUUUUGCGGCUUUUUGUAAGGGCGUGUUGCUAAGAAAAAAAUGCCGAAGAGAGAAUAUGGAAAGUGGUCUUCCGAAACUAUGAAACGGGCAUUGAGUGAAUAUGAAAAGAAUGAUAUAGGUUUUAAUGAAUGUUGUCGAAAAUAUGAAAUUCCAAAACCGACAUUUAGGAGGCACCUAUUGGGACAGGUCAAGAGAGGAAAUGAUACCACGCAUCAGGCCAAAAGACGUGUUAAUGGACGUGAACUGGCCUUACCAGAAGAAGUCGAACGCCAAUUGGUGGAGCACAUUUUGAAAUUUGAAGAAUUGCUUUUUGGACUAACAAUUAAUGACGUCCGUAAGCUUGCGUAUGACAUUUUGGCAGCGAAUCCGCAUAUUCCGAACCCCUUUAACAAGGAAACUAAAAUGGCCGGAAAAAAGUGGUAUUACGCAUUUUUGGCAAGACAUCCAAACAUAAGUUUGCGACAACCAGAGAACGUAUCCAUUGCACGGUGCAAAGGCUUCAAUAAGACAAAUGUUUAUAACUUUUUUGACAUACUUGAAAACGUGGUCGAUGAAAAUGGAAUUGACGGAUUUCACAUAUAUAAUGUCGAUGAAUCUGGCUUCUCGACAGUUCAAAAAAAGGCUCCCAAGGUUUUAGCAUCCAAAGGGAAACACCAAGUAGGUUUUGUAGCUAGCGGGGAACGUGGUAUAAAUACCACAUUAGUGUGUUGUGUCAAUGCUACUGGAAAUUACGUGCCACCCAUGUUUAUAUUUAAAAGGUUACGCAUGCACCCGGCACUAAAAAAUGGAUGCUUUCCUGGUAGCAUAGUUGAAACCAGUGAAAGUGGGUACAUCAACUCCCAGUUAUUUGUUUUGUGGUUGAAACAUUUUAUCAAGUUUGUGAAACCCAGCCCACAGGAAAAGUGCCUCCUAUUAUUGGAUGGGCACACCACUCAUUCGAAAAAUCUGGAGGCAAUCAAAUUAUCUAGAGAACAUGGAAUUAUAUUACUUCAGCUUCCAGGCCACACAACUCACAGAUUGCAACCACUGGAUGUGGGUGUUUUCAAAUCCAUGGAAUCAAAUUAUACUCAAGUGAUGGCUAAAUGGCUUCGCACAAACCCUGGACAAAAAGUUACCCAAUUUGAAGUUACCGCAUUAUUGACAGAAGCCUUUACAAGAUCGGCAACUAUCGAUAAUGCAGUGAAUGGUUUUCGUGGUACAGGUACAUGGCCAGUUAACCGCAACGUAUUUACGGAUGCCGAUUUUGUAGCCAGUGAAAAUUUAGAUCAUCAGUCCACCAAUCCCGAGCCAGAACACACCGUAAUUGAAGAAAAUAACGUGUCCAAUUCAAGUGGAAGCAAGAUUAUUCAACAUGUGCUCGAUGAACCUUCAACGAGUGGUUUAAACCAUGAAGAGCUCGCAGAAUUAAAUAAAAGGUCCUCCUUAAAGGUGUCAAUUGCAGAAAUAAGCCCUAUCCCAAGACCAACAAAAAAGCAUGACACCCGAAUUAGAAAAGGUGCACAAAAAGCUGCAAUACUAACUGAAAGUCCCUACAAAAAGGAACUCGAGCUAAAACAAAAAGAAAAAGAAAAAAAAGAAGAAAAAUCCAGAAGUAACAAACAAAAGGCAGCGGCGAAAAAAGAAAAGGUAAACAAAAAUAUUGCAGAUAAAGAGAAUGUAAAACCAAAACAACCCGUCAUUAUAAUAGAAACAAACGAAGAAGAUUGGUAUUGCUCGUUAUGCAAUGAAAGCAUAAUCGAAGACAUGAUUCAAUGCAUGCAGUGCAGGAAAUGGGCUCACGAAAUGUGUGCCGGUGUACACGUUAAAAGCUCCUAUAUUUGUGACCUUUGUAGUUAAAAUUAAUUAGUUUUAUACAUUUAAACAAUAAAGUGUGAAUUACUUCCA